CGCCAGAUAUCGGGCGUUACUUCUCCGGCGUCGCCGCUUCUGCGGCUCGCUUCUCACCUCCUCCGGUUUCCGUGAUCGUCUCUCCUGCCCGAUCUUCUUGGUCGCGUCGAAGCCUCUAGGGUUUCUUGCCUCCGCCACUCCUUUUCUUGUCUUCAUCCGAUCGGACUCGAUCUGGCUUUGUCAUGCCUGAUAAAUUCGGAAGCGGCAAACUGUCCUUCGACCUCCUCGCCGUAGAUACCUCCGGUGACGAAAGCAAGCCUUCAACAGGAUCCUAUGACAGCACUAUUCUUGAAAAUGGAUACGACCGGUUACCCAGUCGGAAGCGGAGGCACAAGGCCACUAAGAAGAAUAAGGUUGUGUCGAGGAGAGCUGCGUUGGGGGAUCUGAUCCCUGCGACGGAAUUGAGAGAGGAGAGCCCUUCGGUGGUCCGGAACGGACACCUCCAGGAUGGAACCGCGCUCAGUAUUUUGGUGAAAAGGUCCGUGGUGGAAACGGUUUGCACGGUAGAGGAGACGACGCUUGAGAGCUCGCAGGUGAGUUUCGUCGCUUUGCCGGAGUUGAGACAGAGGAAUGUGAAAGGAAGCGUGGCUGAGGAUUCUGGGGCGGAGGAAGCGACGGCGAGGGAGAGCACAGACAGGUUGUGGAAGCUCGAAUCUGAUGAUUCGAACAAGAAAUUGGACAAGGAAGAGUCACUAGAUUGGAACCAGGUGAUGGCAAAAGAUCCAUCUAUUUUACAAGAAGCCUCCUUCAUCAACAAAUCACCUUGUAAGUACUUCGUAGGAGAGAUUUAUCGUGGCAGUUCCCUUAGAGGAACAAUCUCUGCUGGCAAUGAGAAGAAAAGACAGGGGGUUUAUAAUACUAUGUUUCAUGUGCCAUGGAGAUGCGAAAGGCUUAUUGUUGCAGGCUUCUUUGUCUGUCUGGAGUCAUUUUUGUCAUUGCUGACAAUAAUGCCUGCAAGAAUUGCUAUGGCACUUUGGAGGGUACUAAAGACCAGGCAGUUUUGGAGGCUUAGUGCUGCUGAAUUGUCAGAUUUUGGAUGUUUUUUUGUGUUAGUUUUAGGAGUUUCUUCUCUACAGUUAGCAGAUAUUAGCCUAAUAUAUCACUUCAUACGAGGACAAGGAACAAUUAAACUGUAUGUCGUUUACAACGUAUUAGAGAUAUUUGACAAACUUUGUCAGUCAUUUGGCGAAGAUGUUUUGCAAGUUCUCUUUGACUCUGCAGAAGGGCUUUCAACCUGCUCUGAUGAUGAUAUGAUAUUUGCACUGAUUAGAUUCAUUUUUGAUGAAGCAAUUGCUGUCAUUGCUUUUGUUGUUCAUUCUUUUGUACUGUUAGCUCAGGCUAUUACAUUAUCAACUUGCAUUAUUGCUCACAAUAAUGCUGUCCUUGCUCUACUGGUGUCAAAUAAUUUUGCUGAGAUCAAAAGUAAUGUAUUCAAACGAGUUAGCAAAGAAAAUAUUCACAGUUUGGUAUACUAUGACAUAGUGGAGAGAUUUCACAUCACAGCUUUUGUGCUGUUUGUGUUGGCUCAGAACAUUUUGGAGGCUGAGGGAUCCUGGUUUGAAAGCUUUUUCAGUAAUGUUCUGUUGGUCUUCAUGUGCGAAGUGUUUGUUGAUGCAAUCAAGCAUUCUUUCCUGGCAAAAUUCAAUGAGAUAAAGCCCAUUGCAUACUCAGAGUUUUUGGAAGAUCUUUGUAAGCAGACUCUGAACGAGAAAUCUGAUGAGCAGAGAAAGGAUCUUACUUUCAUACCUCUUGCACCGGCCUGCGUGGUUAUCAGAGUACUAACCCCAGUGUAUGCAAAACUUCUCCCUUACGAACCACUCCCUUGGAGAUUAGUGUGGAUUCUUUUCUGGUCAAGUCUUACCUAUAUAAUGCUUGCCAUCUGGAAGAUUAUGGUUGGAUUGAGCCUCCGCCGUCUAGCCACUUGGUACAUCAACCUUCGUUGUUCCAGGAAACAACAUGUUGACUAAAUUUUUGUUCAUGCUUCUCCUUUGGUGCGCGCCAAGAAUUUUAAAGUUUUCAGCGAACACGGUUGAUAAUGAGCUUGAAUCAACUGGUUCAACUUUUGCCCCACUUGAAGGGCGAAUACUGAAGAGCAGGCACCGAUACUUCUUCCAAAGUACUUCACGAACUUUAGAUUAAUCUCCCCAAUUUUGCAUGUAUAUGUUUCUAAUCCUCCUCCAACAGUGCAAGUUCAUGGAUUUUGUAGGCUAAAGGACUGCAAUAUUUUCCAUGCAUUGAGUUAUUACAAUUGUCCACCUUCUAGUAAA